AUGCAUGGCUCCACGAUUUGUGUUUGUAAUGGCACAGGUCGAUCGACGCAGGACGUGCUAGCGAGGCCAUUGAGGGAAGAGUGCUCGCUCUAUGGGUCAUCGAGGGAAGAGUGCUCGCUCGCUGAUGGCAGGUGGUACGAAGGCGAUGGUGCUGGAUUUGAGAGGCGAGUGCGUGAUGAAGCUGGCGCGUGUAGAGCUCCACAGAUGCAGAUUGCGGCUCGUUGA